CACGAAAUGACCGAGUUGCACCAAGCCGCAGCUGCAGGCGACCAUGACCAAGUCGAGGAGAUUCUGAGGCAACAGCAAUGCAAUCCCAACCAGAGAGACGUGGACUGGAGCCACAAGACGCCUCUUCACUGGGCUGCAGCUAAAGGUCACACAGAAACGGUCCGGAUCCUCGUGGAGCACGGAGCGAGGCCGUGUCUGAGGACCGAGCAUGGAUGGACUCCGGCGCACUUCGCCGCAGAGUCUGGUCAGCUGUCCGUGUUGCGUCUGCUGCACUCCCUCCAUGCGCCUGUGGACAAGGAGGACUGCUGUGGAGACAAACCAGUGCGCGUAGCGGAAAUAUACGGACACAGAGACUGCGUUAGAUUCCUGAAAAAGGCAGAGAUUGAGUGCCAGGCCUACCGCAAGGUAGCAGCCCAGAAAGGGAUUUCAUUGGAUGACACAGAUGAGGAGUGGGAAGCACAGAACAAAGAAAAUGAACAGAAAAGUAACAUUCACACAUAGGUUCUAAAACAUCAUUACACAACAGUAUGUAGAGUUAAUUAACCUUAUGUUCUGUUUCUGUGGUAUUUAACUGUAAAAGUAAAACAAUAACAUAAUCUAAAAUAUAACAUUGUUUACAGAUAUAUUUACUAUUAGUGUACACAUGUAGUUCGUUUUAAAGCUGCAAGCGGAGUACAUGAGUAUGUAAUUAUAUUGUAUAUAUGUACAGUAUAUGUAUAAUGAAGUCACUGGUGAAUUAAAACAAUAACAUAAUCAAAGCCA